GGGGGGAAAACGCGCUGAAAGAAGCCUGGCAUAGUUUUGUGGGGAUUGUGGGAAAAGAUGUAACGGAGCUCGCAGGCGCUCUCACAGGGAUGGAAACCUGGAUUACUGUCCCUGCUGAAACACACUGUGGAUGUCUGAGUGAAACCGGAGGAGAUGCGCAAGAAAUGACUGGAUUCUAAAGAGCCUUUUUCUUUCGCAAAAUGGGAACUAACUGCUCAUUUUCGCUCUAGUGCAAAGCUCUCUGUGGGUGUGUGUGGGAUGUCGUGUCAGGGCUGAAGCCCGUCCCUCUCCCAUGAGCCUGUGUGCCCACACACACACCUGGCGCCUCCACGCACACACCCGGCGCCCACGCACGCACAGCCGGCACUGACGCUGUGAACUGGACCCUCUGAGCCCAGCGGAGCCAAGUGGAGCGGAGUCUAGCCCAGUUGGAGCCUGAGGAUGUCAACAGAGACAGAGCUACAGCCAGCGGUCAGGCCCAGCAGCAUUAGACGGGACUCCAAGAGGAAAGGGCAGGAUCGCAGUGAGGCGGCUCUCAUCAGACGUUUUAAAGGCGAUGGCGUACGCUACAAGGCCAAGCUCAUCGGCCUGGACGAGGUCACUGCAGCCCGUGGAGACAAACUCUGCCAAGACUCGAUGAUGAAGCUCAAGGGUAUUGCUGCAGCAGCACGGUCCAAAGGAGAACACAAACAGAAGGUGUUUCUGACUGUUUCCUUUGGUGGGAUCAAGAUCUUUGAUGAGAAGUCAGGGGUCCUCCUACACCACCAUGCAGUCCAUGAGAUCUCCUACAUCGCCAAGGACAUCACAGACCACCGAGCUUUUGGAUAUGUCUGCGGGAAGGAAGGGAACCACCGCUUCAUGGCUAUCAAGACGGCACAGUCGGCCGAGCCUGUGAUUCUGGACCUGCGGGACUUGUUCCAGCUCAUCUAUGAGAUAAAGCAGAGGGAGGAGAUGGAGAAGAAGGCCCAGAAGGACAAGCAGUGUGAGCAGGCCGUCUACCAGACAAUAUUGGAGGAGGAUCUGGAGGACCCAGUCUACCAGAACGGACAUCAUCAAGUCACCCCCCACCACCUCCAUCAUCAUCAUCAUCAUCAUCAUCAGCAGCAGCAGCAGCAGCAGCAGCAGCAGCAUCAUAAUUAUAAUCAACCCCUUAAACAACAACAACAAACUGAACCACAGCAGCAACAGCAGGCAGUGGCAGAUCUGAUAGAUCUGGGAAUGGUGACUCAGAAUAUCAACCAAUUAGAGAUUUUUGGAGACAUGUCCACACCACCUGACAUCACCUCUCCAUCGACUCCCGCCUCUCCAGCCAACACCCUUGACCCCACGCUGGGCCUGCAGCCUCCCACAGAACUGUUUGCGCCGUUCAAUCCUGCAUCAGUGCCCUCAGGUUAUGUGACAAUGGGAGCAGUUCCCCCCGGCCACUGGUCCCAGCAGGCAUUUGCUGCACAGACACCGUUGGCCUUUGGAGUCCAGUCUCCACUAGGCCCAGUAGCUCAGGUGCUGCCAGGCGGCCAGCCUCUCAUCUGGGGCCAGGCGAACAUCUUCCCUGCCACCCAGCAGCAGUGGGCAGCCAUGGCAGCCGGAGCCUUCUCCCCCACAGCCUACCUCCCCGCCCAGCCAGUGGGCACACUGCCCACCGCCAUGUUCCAGACUCUCACCCCCGUCACAACUGUGACUCCAGCUGGCGAGAGCCAUUCAGCUGCUGGAGCAAGCGCUUCAGCACCUUCCCCUUCGGCGUCAUCGAGUCCGCAGCACGAGGAGAGAGGGAAGAAGAUGACCAAGGAGAUGUUCAAGGAUUUUCAGCUGGCGAAGCCUCCAGCCAUGCCGUUAAAGAAGGCUGAACAGCCCAACUUAGCAGGAACCUCAGAGGCAUUCAGCACUUACUUCAGCCGCGUGGGCACUGCCCAGGACACGGACGACUGUGAUGACUUUGACAUUUCACAAAUGAAUCUGACACCAGUCACGUCCACGACACCAUCCACCAACUCACCACCCACCCCGGCUCCCAGGCAGAGCUCUCCCUCCAAGUCUUCAGCCUCCCAUGUCAGUGACCCCCCCACCGACGCCACAGACCCCCCCACAGACGACUCAUUCGGGGAAGCGGAGGGCAGCCCUAGUCGCAGUGGAGAGGAAGAUGCUGCGUGUGGUUCUGGGUCGCCCUGCCCCAGUGAAACAGCAGAUCCCAGCCCAGACCAGGACAGUCCAGAGGCUGGGAGCUAGAUAGAGGAAGGGCAGGAAGGGGAAAGACCCUCUCUACGCCCAGAUCAACAAAGGGAAGAAAUAGAGACACAAAGGAAGACAGACCUGACUCCCACUGAGAGAACACGAGGAGAACCCUGUGUGUGUGUGUGUGUGUGUGUGUGUGUGUGUGUGUGUCCUUCUUCUCCUCUGGCUAACAAGUCCCUGGGAGGAGCCUCCACACUUCACCUGUCCCCCAUCUCCUCCGUCCCUACUGUGCUCCUCCUCCCCUCCUCCUGAGGGGAGAGGACCGUCUAAGUCAGUCACUCCAGGCAGGAGGGAUGUCAAUCAGUCCUGUUCUCCCCCCAAUGCCAUUGUCCUCUCCUCCUCUCUCUCCUCCCUGUGGUGACUCACACCCGGCCUUAUAGACAAAAACCUGACCCUCCCUUUCUAUCUCUCUCUCUGUCUCUCCCACCACUCCUUCCUCCUCCUCCUCCUCCUCGCUGUCUUCUUGUCUUCUCACACACCUCCCUCUGCCUCCUGUGUCUGGCCAGAGUCUGUGCUGCCAAGGAGGGACUGAAUCAAGCAGUGCCUCUCUAUCUCCGACACCCACCUACACACAUGCACGCUCAUUGGGAUUAGAGUGUUCAUCUUUCCUUUUAACGGACAGAAACUCCAUCUGUAGCAAGGACGUCCCACAGGAGGAGCCAGACUCUUAACGGGCCUCUCGGGGAUGGCGCAUCACUGGGAUCGCUGCUUCUGAUUGGUUGUUGGUUCAGACAAUUUUUCACCGUUCUCGUGAGUGUCUGCUGGAUCACUAUGCAGAGACAGACUCCCUGGGAGCUACUCACACACCAACUACUCUUAUGCUGUGCACAGUAAUCAGCUACACCACACACACACACACACACACACACACACACACACACACACAGUGAUUUGCCUCACCUCGCAGACAGACUCCUUCAGAAGCCAGAGAACGGACCCAGAGAGGGAAGUGUUGCAAGUCAAACAGAUCCUGUGAUCGAACUGUUCAUUCUCUAUAGCUUUUGUACAAUACCGAUUUAAAAGAAGAAAAGAACAAAUUGAAAAAUGUAAUUUUUAUUUUAUAAGUCAAUCAAGCCGCUGGAGUCAGCUCUAUAGGAGUUAUAGAGUCACCUUGGCUUUAAGGCAUCUGAUCGUUGGUUUGCCAAACUCAUUUUGUAAAUAAUAACAACAACAACAACCGUUUUGUCCGCUGGACGUCUGUGCCAUAAAAUAGGAAGGCUUCAGUUAUGCAAUCUCUUGACAUUAACCCAAGCAAUACCAACAUAUGUAUUUCUUUUUCCUGUCCUCCCACUUCAUUUUGAUUCUCCCCCAAAAUCGUUGUUUGUUUUUCUUGUGCAUGGACGUAAUUGUUUUUUGUCUUCGCCUCACCAACUAAUCUAGCUCUAAACCCUGCACCAUGUCCCACUAUCCCAUGUUAUUAUGUCCCAAUAUUUUAUAUUGUCUCUGUACCACAAGCCUUUACUCCUGUGUUGCAGGCCGGAGACUCUGUCUCCUUCACUGUAGCCCGCUCAGCUCCUGCUCUCCAUCCCGUCCUCCCACUGUAGUCAUAUACUGUGAUGCUCUGCCCAUCUGUCUGUCUGUUGUUCAGGUGCCAAAACCGCUGCUGUCCAACCAUUUGUGCGUGGACUGCAGCAUCCUCUGCUACAGCUACAUCAAGUGUGAUGCCAAUGACUCCCUAUUUUAUGGCCAGAGUCCUCAUGUCACUUGAGAAACCUUUUGGACUAUGACUUUGAUUAACUUAACACACACGUGAUAAACUAGAAGACAAGCGAAGAAGCUGAAAUAAAAAGGGAAACAUUGCUGUUUGAGUACAUAACAUUUCUAGACCUGUUUUAACUUUACCUCAGCUAACAGUUUCUUAAUGUAAAUUGACACAUUAUUUUUAUCUUGAGGAAUAUGACAUUCUACAGUGGGUUUUUAGAUGAUUUCUUUUUUCGGUUCCCUCUUGAUUUACGUAUUCCACCAUGUAUUACUGUUACAAAUAAACACAUCCCAAAUGAA